AUGGGUGUGAGUGAAGCAGAAGAGAAUGACGUGUUCAUCAGUUCUGGUGAAAGUGUGUCUCUGUCCUGUAAUGAUGCUCUUCAUCAAUGCUCCUCAACUACAUGGAUCUACAAUAAUUAUACAAGAUCAUCUAGAGUAGAAGUGUUUACUGGAGGAAUAAAGAAGAAUAACACAGAGAGAUCUGAGAGAUUGAGUCUGACAUCUGACUGCUCUCUCAACAUCUAUAAAACAACACAACAUGAUGGUGGACUUUACACCUGCACACAAUAUGUGAAUGGACGUCAUCAUGGACCUGAUUCAGAUGUUUAUCUACAUGUUCUUCAUGUGUCUUCAUCAUCAUCAUCAUCAUCAUCACAGACUGAGAUAAGAGCAAACACACCUGUCACUCUCUCCUGUCGGCUGUUUACAUAUGACUGUGAUUAUAUGUUCAGUUAUUAUGGAUAUCAGCUGGUGUGGAUGAAUCAGACUGAUGUUGAUCUACAGACAGACUCCAGAUAUCAGAUUAGAUCAGAUGAACUCUGUCUCAUCUCUCUGACUACAACACUCGUGAAUGAAGACGACAACACAGAGUUGAGAUGUGUGCUCAAACACAAGAAUGACAUCAAGACCUCAGUCACAUAUACUGUCAGAUUUACAGGUAAGACAUCACUCUGACAGGAGUGUCCUGAACUCAAAGUGACUUCAGUCAUUAAACUCUGUACUGAUGAUGAAGAAAUGACAUAAACAUGAAAUAUGAUUGUGAUGUUCUACAGUAUGAUGUCUCUGAACAUUCAUCAUCUUCUACAGAUUCAAACAAGAUUCUAGUGACCACCACAAACCCUGAGAGAUUCUCAACUCUUAACACAACAGAAACUACACAACAACAAGGUACAUCAUCACCGUCUGUGUGUUUGUGUGUGUGUGUGUUUCCACAUUAUGACUCAUCUUAACUAAACUUUGUUUUUUACAGCAUCAU